CUUCCCUUUUUCUGCAGGCUAUAGUUGAUUGUUACGUAUUUAAGUUCAACAUGCCACCAGAAGCAGAUACGUCCGACUCCACUCAAGCCACAUAGUCUAGGAUGAUAGGAGGACACGUUGCCGGUGCAAUUUUCAGCGUGCUUAUGCUGUGCGGUAUCAGUGAAUCUUCUGUUGAUACCUAUGAGACCCAUGUGGCCAAUAUAAUGAAGAAAAACUUUCCUGAUUGGGAAGUGACUGGAAACAACACUAUCGCCGCAUGCGUCUAUGAUAUCCUAAAGCCCUGCGUGGCGAAUUACACACCAUUGUACUGCCAAGGCGAAGUACGCAGAUUUAGUGCCUACUGUAAAUCGUAUGCCUAUACGACACAGCGAGAAGUCGAUUUCAAGCACAUUUUUAAAACGUACUCAAGAUGCAGAAGUUGCUUGGAUGACUUUAAGAACAGAGCCGACGCAUUUUUGAACGGAAUCUAUAUUUACAGCGAAACCGAAGCGAUUAUGCGAGACUACGUCCACUUCGUCUCGGUGGCCUCAUCAGAGUCCGACUUCAACGGAAUGUGCCAAGCUCUUCAAAGGGUCGGCUGCAUCAGCUGUAAAAGUCAUACCGGAGAAAUUUGGCAAGACUAUUCUUAUAUGGAGUACCUUCCAAAUAACCAGAACUCGAGGAUUGCAAGUACUUUAAAGAUAUUUGCCGACAACACCUUUGAUUUUUUUAGAAAAGAUGGUGCGAUAUGUUCGAAAUACUCCGACAAGCUUUGCAUAUUUAGAGUGUUCAGGACAUCUGUCGUCAUUGUCGGCAUGUACGAGAUCGUGAAGGACCGCAUGCUACUCGCCUUUUCGGUGCCUGUCGACCGGUCGGCGACGUUCUUCUGA